CAAGACUAAUGCAAUAAAGACUACUGUGAACACAAUCUCCAGUAAAUCAACAAAAUGGUCUCCAAACGACUUAUAAGCAGUGCUAUCACUGUAAUCUAUCGUCUUUGUGCUCUGGGAUCGAUUUUUUCCAGUUUUGUUGUCGCCUACAUAUACCUCUAUCCAGAACAGUCAGUUGAUGUGAACAAAGUGUUAAAGUUAUUCAGAUAUCUCAAUUUCGCCACAUUGGUCGUAUUAUCCGUGUACUUCUUAGUCGCCACACCACUACAAGCACUCAAACUGUUCACUAUUCAUAAAUAUCUUUAUACAAGUAUCUUUGCAUCCACCUGGACAAGUGCUGCAGUCUACUGGAUAACAUUUUUCACUUACAGAGAUGUGAUUACGGGAAUUGAAGAGUUGAAGAAUCUGCCAUUGUGGUAUAUGCAAAUCUGUUCAUCAUUUGGAGCAUUACUCAUCCUGGCCGAUUUAUUCGUAUGGAGACCACAGUCUUCGCGUUUAUUAAUCUCCCUCAUAUUCGCCUUCAUCCCACUACUAAGCUACAAUAUCUUCAUGGAGGUUUCCAUCACAGUUUACAGUUUUAGUCCUUAUCCACAAUUAGACAAAAUUUCAGCUGGUUACCGAUACCUUGUGUAUUCAAUCCCAUGGUGUUUAAUUGGUAUAUUCACUUUAUUCUGUUAUGGAUUACUUCGUUUGCCGCCGAAAUGUCAAGUCAAGACUAACUGUUCUACACGGACAUUUUCGUCGUCAUCAUUAUCAGCAUCGUCAACGUCAUCGUCGUCAUCAACAACAACAUCAACACCAUCUGAAGCAUCAUUAAGUUCAACACCAUCAUCACGACAUUCCUCAGUAUCAGUAUGUGCAACAAUAGUCUCACAAGGAAAUGCAAAUGAACAUCAACAAAAUGAAGAAUCAGGAGAACCAUAACAUUUAAAUUUGUAAAUUUGAAUAAAGUCAAACAACAGAGGUUUUUUUACAGAUGUUGUUAUUCCUUUAUUCAAAUGCAUCAAGCGAAAUAAAUCCAUGUUAAAAGGUCGUUUAAAACUUUCGUUGCAUACGUUUAUUAUAACAUAAACAUAAAAUAUACAAUUGCCGAGGUUUA